UUCGAGUACUACUUUGCUCUGUGCUGCUGACACUUCCGAGGCUUAGAACGUGGAGCCGGUCCUUGACAACAGACAAUGCAUCUUAGCGCAUCGCAUCGGCGGAUGAGGUGUACGAACUGGCGGGAGACGGACAACUCCCAUUUGCUUCACCAUCCAAUCCAGCACGAACCACAGGCACGUUGCUGCUCUAGGCGGCCGCUUGUUGACUGCAGGUGAUGGAUGUCUGGUUCUCGUCACAGUUGCACAUCGGGACGCAUGUGCAUAUGCCUCGUUUUGCUAACGUCCAGGAUCAGUACCCAAGAUGGCGCGGCUGUUCAAAGACCCCCCCUUCCGCUUCGCAUGGGAUUCUUAAUUAUGAGCAUAGCCCUGAAUGGCUGUGAUGUCGUCGUCUUUUUUGGCAGCUCUAAGCUCCAUGGGACGGCAUCUCUCAGUCGCGUGCUGCCAAACUGCCAUUGGCCUUCGGACAGCAAGGAUCAUGGCCCCUGCGCCAACGUAGUGCAGCCAACUAGACACUACGCAAGACGAGACGAAGCGUUGGGUCACCCACCCUUCUACUCCGUAGCAGCAUAUGGCGUGAGAGCUUGCGAGAAUCGUCAGCUCGUCCGUAACGACAAGACUCUGACGACGACCGAUCAGUGCAAUAGGAUGCCGUACCGUUUCUGCAGGCUAUUCCGUCAAGUACAGUAGGCUACUAAGCAGAGGCAGGCGCGUCAGAUAUUAGGGACUAAUGGUACCCGUAUCGGU